AUGCCCCAGGGGAGCAUUCAUUGGCAAGGGACUGAAAGGAGACCCUGCGGUCCCGGAGCACAGUGGAAUGUUCAGUCUUUUAGUACAAUACUUAUGGAUAAACCAAUGUUUCAGUUUAUCGCCGCCAGUGACAAGCUGUGGUUCAUGCUGGAGAUGUACUCGUUUGUUGACUACUUUACGAUACCACCGUCUUUCGUAUCGAUCUAUUUGGACCGAACAUGGAUCGGACUGAGGUUUCUUCGAGCCCUACGACUGAUGACAGUUCCGGAUAUUCUUCAGUACCUCAACAUUCUAAAGACAUCGAGUUCCAUUCGUCUCGCUCAACUCGUCUCCAUCUUCAUUUCUGUUUGGCUUACUGCUGCUGGCAUCAUUCAUUUGCUUGAAAACUCAGGGGACCCUUUCGAGUUUGCAAAUCCGCAACCACUAUCUUAUUGGACAUGCGUUUAUUUUCUGAUCGUCACAAUGUCAACGGUAGGAUACGGUGAUGUUUACUGCAAUACCAUUCUCGGCCGUACAUUCCUAGUAUUUUUUCUACUCGUCGGUUUGGUAAGU